UCGUAACAACAACAGACCGCCAGGCGCCAAACCAAGCCCCCACCUCCCCGCCACCACCAACCGCCGCCGCUCCUGAACCGCGUCGCCGCCGUCAGGCUCCGGCCUCGCCGUCUCCAGGAGCAGAUUUCUCGAGAUCCAGUGUUGGCAGAACCUCAGCUAUUCCGAUUACUCCCUUUCCCGCUCCCUUUCGGCGAUCCUCCCCCGGCGAGUGAGCGGGGGAAUUAGUGAGGUGGCUGUGAGGCUUUUCACUUAGGGUUUCUGGAGUAGGAUUUAGUUAGCAUUUCAAUUGAGCAACUGAUAGAGCCGGGGAACUUGGCCUGCUGUGAAUAAUUAGGGUUUUGAUGAAGGUUUAAGAGUGGUUUAUUGCUAGCCGAGCUGUCUGCAUGGUGGUUAUCAGUUGAACCUUUCCUUGUUCUAGAUGGGAAGGCGAUCAGAGCUUCUCCGAUCUGAUUUCUGAGAGGUAAUUCGGGCUUAUGAUGGUAGGCUGACAAUGGUGAGGCUUCUGGGACUUAGUCUCGGAGAAUCGGCUGAACCGCCAAGGGAGAUCACGUCAUCGCGGAGCAACUUGACGAGCGAGUCCAGUGAGAAUGGGUGGCUGAUCAGGUUCUUUGACUCCGCGUUUUUCUGCGAGUGGAUUGCUGUGAGCUACCUGUACAAACAUGAGCACUCAGGGGUUCGUGAUUACUUGUGUAACCGAAUGUACACUCUGCCAUUGUCUGGUAUAGAGAGCUACCUUUUCCAGAUUUGUUACAUGUUGAUACACAAGCCAAGCCCAUCGCUGGAUAAGUUUGUUAUUGAUAUAUGCUCCAAGUCACUGAUGAUUGCCCUUAAGGUGCACUGGUUCUUGCUGGCUGAGCUCGAGGAUUCAGAUGACAAUGAUGGGAUUAGUCGGAUUCAAGAAAAGUGUCAGAUCGCUGCGACUUUGAUGGGGGAAUGGCCUCCCUUGCUGAAGCAGCGUAAUGAGAAUUCAACCCCUGGCAGUAAAAACCAGGUGCUAAACAAGCUGUUAUCAUCGAAGCAGAAGUUCUUAUCUUUGACCUCCUCACCACCUGCACAAAGAUCUGUAUCAUUUUCACAUUCAUCAGGUAAUCAUUUGCCAGAUGAUGGUGGGCAAGGCUCACCUGAGAAUAAACUUUUCAAGAAAUUCAUCCCUGGUCCAAAGGUCAGGGAUGCUCUACUUUUUAGAAAAUCUAUGGAUAAAGAUGAUGAGGAUAGUGAGAAGGAUGGAUUUCUUAAGAGGCUUUUGAGGGACAGCAGUAAACGAGAUGAGGAGGAGUUGACGUCAAGCUCUGAUGGUUUUUUCAAGAGGCUCUUGAAAGAUUCAAAUCGAACUGAAGAUGAUGAGGUAAUGUCUAGCUCAGAUGGUUUUUUCAAAAGGCUUUUGAGGGAUUCAGGGAAAGGUGAAGAGGAGGAGUUGACUUCACCAUCAGAUGGGUUCUUCAAGAGGCUUUUGAAGGAUCAUAACAGAGGUGAAGAGGAUGAGCUAACAGUAAGUUCGGAGGGUUUUCUUAAGAAAUUGUUUCGUUAUAGCAAGGGUGAAGGUGACGACCGGUUACUCUCUAAAUCAAUGGAAGAUGAUGAAAGAGAUGGGUUUUUUAGGAAGUUUUUUAAGGAUAAAUUUGAUGACAAGAAAGACGGGAAUGAAAAAAAUGAGGAUGAGAGGAUGAAUGCCAUGGAGAAAUUCGGAAAAUCGACGGAGGAUGAUGAAAAAGAUGGAUUCUUCCGUAAAUUGUUCAAGGACAAGUCCGAUGACAAGAAACAUGGUCCCGAUAAGGGCAGUGAAGGGAAUAAUCUCAACGGAGAGGAAGAAGAAUCUUCAGAUAAUUCUUUGUUCCGGAAGUUAUUUCGUGUGCACCCUGAAGAUUCAAAAAGUGCAUCGGUCAAUGAAAAUAGUAGCAAUGGACAUGUGAGCUUAUCUGAAAGUAGCCCAGGGACUGAGAAAUUCUUCCGCAAACUGUUCCGAGACCGUGAUCGUUCAGUCGAAGAUUCUGAAUUGUUGAGUGGAAAGAAAAACAAAGAGAAGUUUCCUGGUUCACCUAAGCAACAAAAUGAUAAGUCAAAUGCAAAACCCCCACUACCAAAUCACUCGUCAUCACAAUUGCGGAAAGGAGCAUAUCAUGAAUCCCUGGACUUUGUACUGUCUUUGUGCGACACUUCCUAUGGCCUAGUGGAUGUAUUCCCGGUUGAAGAUCGAAAAAGUGCCCUUCGAGAGUCACUUGUGGAGAUCAAUUUGCAUUUAGUUGAGGCUCAACUAGCUGGAGGGGUUUGCUUUCCUCUGGGAAAGGGCAUGUACCGUGUGGUUCAUAUACCUGAAGAUGAGGCUAUUCUACUGAACUCCAGAGAAAAGGCACCUUACAUGAUCUGCGUGGAAGUUUUGAAAAGUGAAAUACCAAGCAAUUCUAAGGAUGCCUCUGGUGCUCAAAAGCUUUCAAGAGGAGGAAUUCCUCUAGCUAAUGGGGAUGCAUUGUUGCCAAAGCCACCACCAUGGGCAUAUCCGUUGUGGACUACUCAGGAAGCAUACCGUAAUAGUAGUGAUAGAAUGUCAAGAUCAACGGCUGAAGCCAUUGAUCAGGCAAUGUCCCAUUCUUCCGAGGCAAAGUUGAAGGUUGUCACUGUGAGUCUUUCUGUGGAGAGGCGGACGGUUGAUUCAAGAUUGAAAACUGAAGUGCCUGAUUCGCACUCUGGCAUCCGCCGCAGUAGUUCACGCAGAAAGGCUGCAGAUGGCUGUGAUUUUGACUGGAUAAAGGUAGUUUUGACAGCAGAUUCUAGAGCCAGAAUGGAUGAUAUUGGAGAUGAAGGGCCACGUAGAAGGGAGCAUCGUCGUGUUCCAAGUACUAUUGCGAUAGAAGAAGUGAAGGCUGCAGCAGCCAAAGGUGAAGCACCUCUUGGACUUCCUCUUAAAGGAGCUGGGCAAGAUUCAUCAGAUUCACAACCUAGGGCAAAUGGUGGCACUCCUAGAGCCACUGAUCCCUUAUCUGGUGAACUUUGGGAUUUAAAAAAAGAGAGAAUACGCAAAGCUUCAGUACAUGGGAAGUUACCCGGUUGGGACUUGCGCUCUGAUGAACUUCUAGGAAUUAUGCAUGUGCUGUAACCUUUUAGCAGAAACGAGAAUACUCAUCGUUCCAUGGGCUGAUUAGCACAUGAUGAUUGUGAAGAGUGGGGAUGACUGCAGGCAGGAGCAUCUUGCUGUGCAACUUAUUUCUCAUUUCUACGAUAUAUUCCAAGAAGCUGGGCUUCCUCUUUGGCUGCGUCCUUAUGAAGUUUUGGUGACAUCUUCUUACACAGCUCUUAUUGAAACAGUUCCAGAUACGGCUUCAAUUCAUUCCAUCAAGAGUAGAUAUCCUAAUGUAAAUAGUUUGCGUGACUUCUUUGUUGCCAAAUAUACAGAAAAAUCCUCAAGUUUCAAGCUGGCGCAGAGGAACUUCGUUGAGAGUAUGGCUGGUUAUUCGCUGGUGUGCUACCUUCUCCAGGUGAAAGAUAGACACAAUGGAAACCUUUUAUUGGAUGAAGAAGGUCAUAUUAUUCAUAUAGACUUUGGGUUUAUGCUCUCCAAUUCGCCUGGUGGAGUGAACUUUGAGAGUGCGCCCUUCAAGCUAACCCGGGAACUUCUUGAGGUCAUGGACUCUGAUGCAGAGGGAGGUCCAAGCGAAUUCUUUGACUAUUUCAAGGUUUUAUGCAUUCAAGGAUUCUUAACUUGUCGUAAGCAUGCAGAGCGGAUAAUUCUUCUUGUUGAGAUGUUGCAGGAUUCUGGAUUUCCUUGCUUCAAGGGGGGUCCAAGGACUAUUCAAAACUUAAGGAAACGGUUUCAUCUAAGUUUGACUGAAGAGCAAUGCGUCUCCUUGGUACUCUCUCUUAUCAGCAGUAGUUUAGAUGCGUGGCGGACAAGGCAGUAUGAUUAUUAUCAGAAGGUAUUGAAUGGUAUAUUGUGAGAGAUCCAGAGUAAGCUUCAUAUAAUCACCAUCCAUUUCUCUCUGCAUAAAUGAAAACGGUCGCAUGAAGCAUGAUGAAGUAUCCAGUCCUGUAGAAAUUUAUGUCGUAUGAGAUCACAUGAAACAGGCAUCCUACUUGCAUGAUACCAGAUACGAGCUUAACACGAAACAUCACAAGGCCGUCUACUUUACGACUAGGUUUCUUCCUGUUGUGAGGGAUCUUGUAACACUAGGCUUGGCUGCACAUGACAUUAGGUGUAAGAGUAUUUUUUUUUUUUUUUAGUUAAGCAGAGUUUCCCUUUCCAAUUUCUUUUCGUUCCUCUCGUAUCUGGGGAUGCAAGCCUUAUUCUGGGAAGAAGUGAAGAGUUAUACCCAUACUGUAUAGAGCAGCAAAGUCCAUUGGAUGGCAGACGAGGCACAAAUGUCUUUUCGAAACCAAGAUUGGAGCAUAUUCGUGCUCUCGAUAGAGGUGGUCGACGGUUGCAUUGGCAGUGAGGUUUUGAAAUUGUGAUUUUUUUUUGUUUGGGUGAUUGUAAAUGAGAAGGGGGGGCUAAGAUUUAUAAUUUGUGUUGGAGGACAAAUGUAACCAUCCAUCUAUCAGCCUGAUGAGGUCGUUGUUUUUGUAUUAUGAUUAGUUGUUCUUGUGGUUGUGAAGUGUAUGUGCCAAAGGAAGGGAGAAGAGUUGACACUUUGACGACGUGAUUUUUUGUUUUCCUGUUGCGUAUUGUGGAGCUGGGUUUUGAUAUAUACCAUCAGUGGAAAAGGGUUCUGUUGUGCUGAUCCAUUAGUAAGUUCAGUAUAUCCUUUGAAGAGGUUUACCUGUUUUCUUCUCUCGUAUGUUU